AUGUGGAGCCACAAAGAGCAGAAGCCAUCUUCAAUGACAUCUGUGGGUUACGGCAGAAUAGAUCCGUCAAGUCGAUGGCAAAAUCCUCAUCGCUGCGAAUUGUUGGCGGAUUGUCUUCUGCAGAGACCGGAGAUUGGCCAUGGCAGGCCAGUUUGCAGUACAAUAACAUCCACCGCUGUGGUGCAACACUCAUCAGCAACACAUGGCUGGUAUCUGCAGCUCACUGCUUCAGAGACAUGACUCACCCUCAGAAGUGGACUGCUACUUUUGGAGCUCUUUUGAAGCCACCAAGCUUGAAGCGAUCAGUCAAGACAAUUAUUAUCCAUGAGAAGUACCUCUACCCAGAACAUGACUAUGACAUUGCUCUUGUGCAGCUCUCCAAACGAGUAGAGUUCACGAGCAGCAUACACCGUGUCUGUCUGCCAGAGCCAUCUCAGACUUUUCCCUACAAUAUUUAUGCUGUCAUCACAGGCUGGGGGGCUCUCACUAAUGAUGGUCCAGCCCCAAAUGCUCUUCAGGAGGCAACAGUGAAACUUAUUGACUCAGACACUUGCAACAGAGAAGAAGUGUAUGAUGGAGACAUAACACCCAGGAUGUUGUGUGCAGGAUAUUUGGAAGGAGGAGUAGAUGCUUGUCAGGGGGACUCUGGGGGACCACUGGUUACUCCAGACUCUAGACUGAUGUGGUACCUCGUGGGAAUAGUGAGCUGGGGAGAUGAAUGUGCCAAGCCAAAUAAACCUGGAGUUUAUACACGAGUGACUUAUUUCCGUGACUGGAUUACCACAAAAACAGGCAUCUAA